AUGUCAUAUCGCGCAAGUAACCAAUGGGAUGGGUUUGGGGAUCAGGGUCCUAAGCCUAAUUCUCCUGAUCAGCAAGUCCUUAAUGUCUUACGGAUUGCCAACUUUCAGUAUCUCCAAGGAGUGGCGUUGCGAGCCCGCCAAUCUGGAGCAGAGUCUUACAGUCCUGAUGUCUGUUGCACUAUUGACCCGGAAAGGUUUACGUAUGGCUCUCACCAUGUCGUAAUAGAAGUGGCCUUUUCCGACCAGGUAUAUUGGCUUGCAAGAAUACGACAUUCUCCGAUAGACGACGCCCAGAGUGAAGCGCACGCCACGGACAUGUUGAGCGAAAUCGCAACAAUGAAGACGCUGAAAUCCCAGACAACAGUACCAGUGCCGUGUGUAUUUGCAUUUUCCACUUCAUCACAAAAUGAAUUUGGGUUCCCAUACACCCUCAUGGAAGCACUUCCAGGCAAAACUCUCGGGGGGGUAUUGGCAAAAAAUAUCCCACCUCAGUUCCGGCCCAAGGUUGCAUCUCAGUUCGCCGAGAUAUUAUUCCAACUAGAAAAUCUAUCAUUUGAUACCCUUGGUCGAAUAUCAUGUGGUCAAAAUUGCGAUCAGUCGCCUGAGAUUAUUCCUGUCGAUCCUGACGCAUGUCGGCAACCAUCAACAUCCCUGGAAUGGUUUUAUAAUGAGCGGCAACGGAAAAACAAACUCGCCAUGGCCCAGCACGUUGGCGAUAAGCAAUGGAUAUCAGCUUGUUGGAUUCUCAAGGCUGCUAUAUCGCAUAUAAUCUCCGAGGAUAGGGUCUAUGGCCCAUUCCCCCUGUGCCACCCUGACCUCCAUUAUGGCAAUAUCCUUUUCGAUGAAGACUACAAUAUCACUGGUAUUAUUGACUGGGAUGGUGCUCAAACUGUUCCUUUGGAGCGCCUAGCUGUCUCUCCAGAAUUCAUCACUUUUCCCGGUCUAUCUCCCGAGGAAAAUCAAGAUACAAUCGAUUUUAGGGAGCUGGUUGUUGCACAUUUACGAGACUUGGAAUCCCCAAUUAGGACGCGUUCGGGAAAUAGCAUCUUCUUAUCUGACAUUUUAGGAACGAAAGCAGCUGAAAUCACCCAUCGCUGUACAUACAGCUUCCCGCAUCGCACAAUCUAUGACGCCCGCUUGGUAGCAGCAUUAAUGUAUGGCCCUAGUAUCUCAUGGGAGCAGUUGGUUGAUGCCUACGGGGGAAUGGACCUUAAUUAG